UCACAUUUUGUCUCUGUAACCAAAAUCCUCUCCGUUAAAACACACAGUCUGUCUGAAAUUAUGACAAAAGAGUAAUAAAGGUUGUGUCUUUUUUCUUCAUUGCUCCUGUUUUGAAUAUAUAAAGUUCGUUUAGAUUCCAAUUUGGAAUUCUCAAGUUCUUGCUCGAUUCUCGGGUUUUUGGCUUUUGUUUAUUUAGUUUGUGAGUUUUGAUUAUUAUUAGUUUUUUUAAAUCAGAGCUAAUACUAAAGCUUCGAUUUUUGAAUGUUUUAAUCAGAUUCCCAUUUCCUCUUUUUCUUGAUUCUCUAUUUUCUCUUCUGUUUUUGUUAUCUUUUUUCUAUUAUUAGCAAAGGGGGUUUUGAUUAAAAAACAAAAUCAAAAUCAAAGUUAACACUGAAGCUUUGAUUUUGGAAAGGGUUUUAUUGGAUUCCUGUGAAGUUUCUAAAUUUGUAAUCUAAUGGGAAAGCCAACUGGUAAAAAGAAGAAUCCGGGAACAGCAACGCCGCCGGCAUCACCGAGAACAACCGGUGACAUGAGGCAAACCAAAUCCUCAAAGGCCUUUGAUGAAGACACGGCGAUUUUCAUUAACAUGUCUCAAGAGCUCAAAGAAGAAGGCAACAAGCUCUUUCAAAGGAGAGAUCAUGAAGGUGCCAUGCUGAAGUACGAAAAAGCCCUCAAGCUACUACCAAGAAACCAUAUUGAUGUGGCUUAUCUACGCACCAACAUGGCUGCUUGCUACAUGCAAAUGGGUCUUGGUGAGUAUCCUCGAGCAAUCAAUGAAUGUAAUUUAGCUUUAGAGGUUGUGCCAAAAUAUAGUAAAGCUUUGUUGAAAAGAGCUAGGUGUUAUGAGGCUCUGAAUAGAUUGGAUUUGGCUUUUAGGGAUGUUAAUAAUGUAUUGAGUAUGGAACCUAAUAAUAUGACGGGGUUGGAGAUAUUGGAGAGCGUUAAGAAGGCAAUGAGUGAAAGGGGUAUUAGUUUUGACGAGAAAUUAAUUGGGUUGGAUAACGUGGACGAAACUGGGGUGGCACGCUUGCGUAAAGUGGUGAAAGAAAAGGUAAAGAAGAAGAAGAAGAAGAUUAGUGGUAAAGGGGAGGAGAAGAAAAUUGGUGGUAAAGUAGAAGAGAAGAAGGUAGAGAAUAAGGAUAAGGUAGUUGUGCGGGAGAAGAAGGUGAGUCCUGUUGUUAAGGAUAAAGAGGUAGUUAUGAAGACUAUUGAGGAAGAAAAGGUGGUUACCAAAGAUGUCAAGGAGGAGAAAGUGAUAGACAAGACAGUGAAGCUGGUGUUUGGGGAGGAUAUUAGAAUGGCACGAUUACCUGCAAAUUGUAGCAUUGUAUUACUAAGAGACAUAGUUCGGGAUAGGUUUCCUGGCUUGAACGGUGUCCUUAUGAAGUACAGGGACCCGGAAGGUGAUUUGAUUACAAUUACUACCAACAAUGAACUAAGGUUAGCUGAAUCAUCAAGUGGUGCACAGGGGUCUCUUAGGUUCUAUGUUGUUGAAGUUAGCCUUGAUCAAGAACCAGCUUAUGAGGGGAUGAAAAUUGAAGAGGAGGUGCAUGAGGAUGCUAAGAAAACAAGUGAUGUUGUAGAGAAUGGAAAUGUGGGGAAAAGUGUAGAAGUUGAGAAAGGUUCAAAUCGUAUUGAUGAUUGGAUUGUCCAAUUUGCACGAUUGUUUAAGAACCAUGUUGGGUUUGAUUCUGAUUCAUUCUUGGAUCUUCAUGAACUGGGGAUGAAGUUAUACUCAGAGGCAAUGGAGGAUGCUGUUACUAGUGAAGAAGCCCAGGAGCUUUUUGAUAUUGCUGCAGAUAAGUUCCAAGAGAUGGCAGCUUUGGCUUUGUUCAAUUGGGGAAAUGUUCACAUGUCAAGGGCAAGGAAACGGAUUUUCUUUUCAGAAGAUGGGUCAAGGGAGUCUGUACUUGCACAGGUUAAGAUUGCAUACGAGUGGGCUAAGAAAGAAUAUAUGAAAGCAGGAACGAGAUACCAGGAAGCUUUGAGGAUCAAACCUGACUUCUAUGAAGGCCUUCUUGCUCUUGGCCAGCAGCAGUUUGAGCAAGCAAAGCUUUGCUGGUACCAUGCAAUCGGGAGCAAGAUUGAUUUGGAAAGCGGGCCUUGUGAGGAGGUCCUGGAUCUUUAUAACAAGGCUGAGGACAGCAUGGAGAGGGGUAUGCAAAUGUGGGAAGAGAUGGAAGAGCAGCGUCUAAAUGGACUAUCCAAACUUGACAAAUAUAAAGACCAGUUGCAGAAAAUGGAUUUGGAUGGGCUAUUGAGAGAUCCAUCCCCUGAAGAAGCUGCAGAGCAAGCAUCUAACAUGAGUUCACAGAUAUACCUCUUAUGGGGUACCAUGCUGUACGAGCGAUCUGUUGUGGAAUAUAAGCUAGAGCUACCGACUUGGGAAGAAUGUUUAGAGGUUUCAGUAGAGAAGUUUGAACUUGCUGGAGCUUCUCCAACAGAUAUAGCUGUUAUGAUAAAGAACCAUUGUUCAAAUUCAACCGCACUUGAAGGUUUGGGAUUCAAAGUUGACGAGAUUGUACAGGCAUGGAAUGAAAUGUAUGAUGCGAAGAGGUGGGAGAUUGGUGUUCCAUCUUUCAGGCUAGAGCCAUUGUUUCGUCGAAGGGUUCCAAAACUUCAUGAUAUGCUGGAGCAAGUUUGAUUUUUUUGUUGAUAGUUGGAUAAUGUUUAGGGGCAUAGGGCAAAUGCUUCAAUUUUCAUUUCUUCAUUUUGCAGAAACUACAUGGCUACAAGUCGAGAUAGGUAUUUUUUGUUCUAUACUGUUACACUCAGCACAUUGUUUGCUCCGGAAGGCAAAUAAUGGAAGUUUGCACUGGUUUGAAACGUGAGUCAUUUUUGUGAUUGGGUUGUGAAGCUGGUUAUAUAAGCCACUGUCGAUUUAUUUU